UGGCUACUUUUCGAACCCUUCUAGUUUCGGACCUGGCAACCCUGUGGAAAACAGUCUGCCAGCCCGCGGCUCCCGUACAGUAUUUCCAAAAUGUCGAAGGUUACGUUCAAGAUAACUCUGACGUCGGACCCGAAGCUUCCUUACAAGGUCCUGUGCGUUCCCGAAUGCACGCCUUUCACAGCAGUGUUAAAGUUCGCAGCCGAAGAAUUCAAAGUGCCACCUGCAACCAGCGCUAUUAUCACUGAUGACGGAAUCGGCAUAAACCCUGCUGACACUGCUGGUAACAUCUUCCUUAAGCACGGAUCAGAACUUCGCCUUAUUCCCAGGGAUAGGGUCGGACAUUCCAGAUGACCAAACACUUAUAUUUUAUGCAAUACACCCGCGCUUUCUGGAGGACCUUGACCCAAGCAUUAUGAAUAAUAAAUUACAAAAUCUGCU